GUUAGAACUUCCCGGCUUCCGACGUUCUCGGUCCAUAGCUGGGAGACCAAGAAAGCGACGCUCUCCGCCCCUGGAUACGCUCCGCCCGGAGACGGCGUCGGUUCUGGAGCGAUUGAAACAGCGAUCCAAGUAACGCCGCAUGGCUGGGAUUAAAGGGGUGGCAAAGGAGCCACUGGACCCAGUAAGUCAGAACAAGAUCUUCACGGAGACGGUCCGGAAGGAGCUGCGAUGCCAGCGCCUGCACACCGAGUAUGCGUUAAACCCGCUCCUGAAAGUUCAUGCCUUAACUGGGAAACCUGCCUCUUGGCAUGAUAACUUAGAGGAACCUGCAGAUGCUAAAUUCCUACAGCUUUUUCAUCAUGCUGCACUUGAGCCACCCAAGAAAUACACAGAACCACAAACUGAAAGUCAGGAAAUUGGUUGGUUUUCCACACCAUUGAUCAGUAUCAACCGGAACGAUAAGAGGCUGCACUUCCCAAGUCGGAGCACUGAAAUCAGUAGGUACAUGGCUGCUCUGUGGCGCCUGAAGGAGAUGACCAAAAGCAAAUAAGCACAUAGUAACAUCAUGAGCUCUUACUGUGAAGAUGUCAAGCUUUCAUUUAGGAUUUUUGCCCUGCAAGGUUAUCAUCUUGUCACUGUUGUUGGUUAUUUUAAGAAAAGAAGCUGUCUUGCUCUUUGAACUUUUAGCAGUUUUUGCAAUAAACUUGUCCCCAAAUUGUGUGUGUUUCAUAAGAUACCUAGGCAAUGAAUUUCUCAUCCAUAACUAUGCCAUCUCUCCCAGUACUUAUAUGCAUGAGUGAUUAACGCACAAUUCAUGAUACUCAAAGAGAGGGAGCAAUCAACUGCCAUUUUGUGAAGGAAUCAAUGAAGUGGCCAAACACAAGCACUACUGCCAUACUAUCAUUACUUUGCAGGCUAUCAUUGCUUUUUCAUGAUAGGCAAAGAACUGAAGGACUCUGGCAUCCUC